CUCACAAGCUUCCGGAAACUGGAAUAGAGCGCUUCAAGCGGGAGAGUUUGCAAUUCUUCCUUCAUCGAAGGAGGCGCCAUUUUAUCUACUCUUGCUUCAUGGUUCAACAUGAGUGAUUAUUCAGCGGUUGCUCCGCCUACGAAUUUUAGUCAAAGUUCAGCUUUUGCAGCUGCCCUUCAACGUGCUAGACAGAUUGCAGCUAAAAUCAACCCUACUGGAACAAGCGAGAGUGUUGGUCAGAAACGCCCUUUGGAAGACGGGUCAGGUAUGGACUGGGCAGAACCAGAACCAAAAAAGGUGGCCGCAGUGAAUGACCCAGCAGGAGUCCAGCUGGCAGCGUUGCGAGCGCAACAGGCAACAUCUCCGCCUGGAACAAACAGUGCAGCAGCAGCAGCAGCUGUUCAAGCAGCGGCGGUGGCGGCCAGAGUGGCGGCCGCGGCAGCAGCGGGCCUGCAGGGCCUGGGCGUCGGUGUAGGCGUCCCUGGCCUCGGGGCAGUUCAGAAUGAAGACAUACGUGUUCCCGAUAAGAUGGUUGGGCUAAUUAUUGGUCGAGGUGGUGAACAAAUUAGCCGUCUUCAGAAUGAGUCAGGAUGCAAGAUCCAGAUGGCACCAGAUAGUGCUGGAAUGCCUGACAGGAGUUGUACACUUACUGGAUCACGAGAAGCUAUCAAUCGAGCAAAGGAGCUGAUAAUGAACAUUGUGCAGCAGCGUAGUCGGACUGAAGGCACAGGAUCAAGCAUGGGUGACAUGAAUAUGGGAGGUGGCCCACCCAACCAUGCUCAUGUUGAGAUCAUGGUACCUGGCCCAAAGGUUGGUUUGAUCAUUGGGAAAGGUGGUGAGACAAUAAAGCAGCUACAGGAGAAAUCAGGAGCCAAGAUGGUUGUAAUUCAAGAUGGCCCAACACAGGAACAGGAGAAGCCACUUAGAAUCAGUGGAGAGCCACAGAAAGUUGAGUACGCAAAGCAGUUGGUGUAUGACUUGAUAGCUGAAAAGGAGAUGCAGCAGGCAUACAAUCGAGGAGGAGGAGGUGGUGGUGGUGGUGGUCAGCGAGGUGGUGGAGGCGGAAAUCACAACUAUGACGAAUAUGGUGGAUCUGGAAGUGGUGGUGGUGGAGGAGGUGGAGGUGGUGACUCAGUUGAGGUGGCUGUUCCAAGGGCUGCAGUUGGUGUUGUUAUUGGCAAAGGUGGUGAUAUGAUAAAGAAGAUACAGAAUGAGACUGGUGCUCGUGUUCAGUUUCAACAAGGGCGUGAUGAUGGUCCGGGUGAGAGAAGGUGUCUACUCACAGGGAAGCCCAGUCAAGUUGAUCAAGCAAGGCGGAGGAUAGAAGAGCUUAUAGAUAGUGUACUUCGGCGUGAUAGUGAAAUUGGACGAGGCAGAGGGCGAGGAGGCCCUGGUGGACCACCUUAUGACCGCAUGGGUAACAGAGGAGGUGGUGGUGGUGGUGAAUUUGGGAAUGGAGGUGGAGGUGGCUGGGAUAGGCGACCAGGGGGCAUGCAGCAGGGUGGUGGUCAAAUGGACAAGCAAGAAGCGACAUUUACUAUCCCAGCUGCAAAGUGUGGCAUAGUUAUUGGAAGAGGAGGUGAGACAAUCAAACAAAUUAAUCAGCAGACUGGUGCACACUGUGAAUUGGAUCGGAGACCACCUCCAAAUCCUGCAGAGAAAGUAUUUGUAAUCCGAGGAUCUCCAGACCAAAUAGAACAAGCAAAAAGGAUAAUAAGCGAAAAGAUUGGAAUGCCUCCUGGACCAGGUGGAGCACCACCUACACAAUAUCCCAUUGGAGGUCAAGGUCCUCCAGGAGGACAAGGUCCACCUCAGCAUUUUGCUCCUCAGGGUUGGGGUGGUGGAUACCAACCAUGGCAAAGCCAGCAGCAUCCCAAUGAUCCAAGUGGUGGUGCCCAAGUUCAGGUAAACCCUGCAACAGGACAACCAGAUUACAGCAUUCAGUGGGCAGAGUACUAUCGUUCCCUUGGUAUGCAUAGAGAAGCGGAGAUGAUUGAACAGCAAGCCAAGGCCAGCAAGGGUCUGCAGCCUCAGCAAGCUGCACAGCCUACACCUCAACAGGCAGGUCCCCAGCCAGGUGCUGGAGCACAAAAUGGACAGCCAGACUACAGUGCUCAGUGGGCAGAAUAUUACCGCUCCAUAGGCAAGGUUAAAGAGGCAGAAGCAAUUGAGGCCCAGAUGAAGGCUGGCAAGACUGGUCAGCCUGGCGGAGGGGCUCCAGGUGGACCCCAACAGCAGCCGCAACAGCAGCAACCUGGUGGGGCACCACAGCAGCCAGGUCAAGGAGCACCACAGCAGCAGCAACCUCCUUACGGACAGCCAUACGGCUACCAGGCAGCAGCUGCUGCAGGCUACUAUGGAGGUGCCCCAGGAGGUCCACAACCCCCACAACAGCCAGGGCAGCAGCCGUAUAACUAUCCAAGCUAUGGUGGAUAUGGUGGGCAGCCUGGUGGACCAGACAAUCAGUGAAUGACCAGUCUACAUAAAAGAAGAAAAGUGGAGAAUAGUAACCAUAAUUUCAUCUUCACUGGUUGGUUGAUCAAAACACAAAAUGUGAAAUGCCCCCUAUCCAGAAUAGUGCAAAUAUGAACAUCCACAGAUUUUACGUGUAUUGUGUUCUGUUAGAGAAUAUUUGUGAGGGCUGAGCGAGGUAACAUUAUUAUUAUGUGGACAUUUUGCGGAUAUAAAGCACUUGAUUUGUCUCCUUGCUUGUCUCGUAUGAUUUUCUUUUCUUAAUAUUUAUGUUUAAGUGAUGAUGACAAAACUGUUAGGAGUGGCAGUGUAUUUCAGUAUAAAUGCUGCUACCCUCUGCCAUAUUUGCUUCCCCUAUGCAUAAGGGUGUAAUGACUAUUCUUGUGUUAUGCUGUGUAAUAAUAGUAUAAGAUAUAAAACAAUAUUCCUCUGAUGUUUAAUUUCCAUUUUUACUUGGUAUGGUUCUUAAUAAAUAUGUUUAAUUUUUGUUGGUUACUUUGUGUAUGGCAGGGGAAAAGUAUGGUAACAUAUGAUUGAGUGAAACCUGCAAUUUGUAAUUCAGCAGAUUAGUAUGUUCAGCUGUUAAAAUUGCUGUACAAUUUUUUUGUGUUUCCUACAUGCUAUUGUAUGUAUGUGAGUGUUACUGAGAAAAGGGGUAGUUAUUUUCGUGGGAGGUGUCGAGUUGACCGUAGUAAUUCUGUAGUGUGUGGUAUGCGAGCGAAAGGUGCUGGAUAUAACAACAUGGAUGGAGUUGUACACUUGAUGGUCAGUCCUGGAUCUUGAAAUGGAGAGCGGAUGUCUCUAAGAGGGCAACAAUAUUCCAUUUGUGGUCAUACCCUGUGCAGAGAGGAAAAAUGAAAUAACCCACCUAGUUAAAAGAACAGGUAAUUCUUAUACAGCAUAAUGCUUAUCCAGUUAUUUCGCCCACUACUCACAAUCAUAUAACUGGGGCAUUGACAGAGUUGUAACAGGGGAGGAAUAAAGUUUGAUCUGAGGUGAUUUACUUUUUUGAUUUUCUUAUGUUAAGAAUUCUGAUGAUUUGUAUUUUUAAACAAUAUUGAUAUAUUUUCCCACUAUGCAGUAUUGGAAGUUUAGAUUGCAGGUAAAUUGUGAGUAAUGGACGCAUACAUAUUUGCACCAGCACUAUAAAUUACAAGAUCAUUAAUGUAAAUCAGGGUUGGAAUUGACUGUUGGAAGCCACAGCUGUUACAAAUAAGAAUUUUGGUGACUUCACAUAGUAGUAAUAUGCAUUUAGAAACUAGUUAGCUUUGAGAAUAUACGUGAUAUAUUCAAAUUUUAAUACUGUAUAAUAAAAAUAUUAUUUUACAAUUUUGUUAAAGUGUCAUGGAACAUUGCUGUGAACAUCUUUACCUAAAACCUUCAUUCUUUCAUUUUCCCAGUCAUUAGAUAUUUUGAGGUACAAACGGGUGUGGCAUUCAAAGUUUUAUCUUUAGGACAUAAAAGCAAUUGCAAAUUUUGAUUGCUCUUUAUAGCUCAUUUGGCCAUAGAUAACAUGUGAAUAGUUGGUGCAGAUAUCUAGAAUAGCAUAUAAAAAUAUCGUACUAUUACAUGACUAGAUAAUGAUAAACAAGUGAUGUUCAUGAUCUUAUCAGACAUAAAUUAAUUUUACUUCUAAAAUAACAAUAGUGUAACUUUUUCCUAAUUUUUAUUAGAAUUAAAAAUGUAUGAAUUUCCUGU